AUGUUAUCCUGUGUGCAGGGUAAGCUGCUGGUUCACCCGUGCCCUCCGUACGCUCUGGCCUGGGGCUUGAACAGUUUCUUGAUUGGUGGAUAUGAUCAGAGGAUUGUGGCGUACAGCAGAGAGGGGCACGUGCUGCAGACGUUUGACCACAGCCGUGACCAGAGUGAGAGGGAGUUCAGCGCAGCAGUGUCGAGCCCCAGCGGUCAGAGCGUGGUGUUUGGCAGCUACGACAGGCUGCGAGUGUUUAACUGGGCUCCGCGCAGAGGCAUGUGGGAUGAGGCCAAACCUAAAGAGAUCCCAAAUCUGUACACCAUCACCAGCCUGGCCUGGAAGAGGGAUGGCUCCAAGCUCUGCGCUGGGACUCUGUGUGGAGGAGUGGAGCUGUUCGACUGCUGUCUGAGGAGAACCAUCUAUAAAAACAAGUUUGAGAUGACCUAUGUGGGACUGAGCCAGGUGGUGGUGAGGAACCUGUCGACAGGUGCCCGGGUCAUUCUGAAGUCAUAUUACGGAUAUGAGAUCGAGGAGGUGAAGAUACUGGGCAAAGACAGAUAUUUAGUAGCUCACACGUCAGACACGCUGCUGCUCGGAGACCUGCUCACCAACAAACUCAGCGAGGUGGCUUGGCCCGGGUCAGGAGGAAAUGAAAAGUUCUUCUUUGAAAAUGAAUCUGUGUGUAUGAUUUUUAAUGCCGGGGAAUUGAGUCUGGUGGAAUACAGCAACAAUGAGAUCCUUGGCUCAGUCCGGACCGAGUUCAUGAACCCUGACCUCAUCAGUGUGUGUCUGAAUGGGAGGAAGCGGAGUGGAGCCGAGGACAACAAGAAACUGGCCUAUCUCAUCGACCUUAAAACCAUUGCCAUCGGACAUAAUGGAUCUCAGAGGAGGUGCACUCUGGCGACCAUCAGCCACGACUCCAAGAUUGACUGGUUAGAACUGAAUGAGACCGGGAAGAAACUACUCUUCACAGACAAGAAACUCAGGCUGCACUUGUUCGACCUGGACGUCCACUCUGAAGUGCACUCUUUGGGCUUCUGUUCGUUCGUGCAGUGGAUCCCGGGCAGUGAUGUGGUGGUGGCUCAGAACAGAGCAAACCUGUGUGUGUGGUACAGCAUCGACAGCCCCGAGAGUGUCACUAUGUUUCCUAUAAAGGGUCUGAACACAGUCACGUACACUCUGGAUGAAGGCCUCAUCGAGUUUGGAACAGCCAUCGAUGACGGAGACUACGACCGAGCGACAGCGUUCCUGGAGACAUUGGACAUGACAACAGAGACCGAGGCCAUGUGGAAGACUCUGAGUAAACUAGCUCUGGAGGCGCGGCAGCUGCACAUCGCAGAGAGGUGUUUUGCUGCUUUGGGAGAUGUUUCUACUGUUCGAUUUCUUCAUCAAAUCAACCAAAUUGCAGACAAAGUAGAGAAAGAGAUGGGAGGAGAUGGCACGACAUAUUACCAGGUUCAAGCUAAAGUGGCCACUCUGGACAAGAACUUCAAACUGGCAGAAAGAUUCUACAUGGAGCAGAACGCUGUGGAUGAGGCCAUAGAGAUGUAUCAGGAGCUGCACAUGUGGGACGAGAGCAUCGCUGUGGCCGAGGCAAAGCGCCACCCGGAGCUGGAGAACUUGCGGAGGAGUUACAUGACAUGGCUCACAGACACGGCUCAGGACGAGAAGGCCGGAGAGGUGAAGGAGGCAGAAGGGGACUUCUCAGCAGCUGUGAACCUUACCUCAGAGCAGGACUCCCAGCCAAAGCUGCCAGAGUUGCCCUCAGUCGAGCCGAAUUUAUCAACAACACAGAGAUGGUGA